AAUAACGGCGUUGCUCGAACUACCGUUCAGUUUGCGAGCGUUGGUCGUCAGCAGCGGACGUGCGUCGUGGCGAUUGCAGAUAAAUAUAUACGUACAUUUGGUGGAAAAUCGAAUUUCGCAACGGAGCGUGCGGCGUGCGUUAAAGUCUCCGGCAUUUCCCCACUAAGUUUUCCUCAACUCAACUGGGCUUAGCUUGGCUCAGCUUAAGCUAGAUCAGUGCCGGCCACGUGCAAAUGGCAAUCAUUGAAACAAUCUAUGCAGAAAUGAAAAAACGCCACUGCACUGGGCAAACAUAAUUAAUUACGCGGCGCUGUGAAGUGCGUGCGUGUGUUAAAUAAAAAUAAAAAUAAAAGUAAAAAUCAUUAUUAAUUGCACUUCAAGCGCUUUUAAAUACGCAUCGAGUGCCGCUCUGUCUGUCAAUCGGCUGGAUUUUCUGCGGUUUCACUGCGUGUCGCGUACAUAAACAACAACAGAACCCUGAACUCAAGUGAAGUGCAGUGCUGUGAGUGUGGCCAGCGUUUCGGUGGGUCGCUUGUUGUGCGCGCAAUUUCCGGCUUCCGGUUCCGCCGGAGCUACUUCCGCGUCCGGUCGACUAGGCGCAACAUUAAUUUGCCAACGCCAGAAGAGUAAUCACAGCCCAAACAACAAAAAAGUAAGCCCCGGUUUUAUUGGCCAAAAGAUAAACAAGACAGAAAAGUGCUAAAUUUCCGUCUAAAGAGCAGACUCAAGUGUUCCGCAUAAAUUCGAAUAAAAAUAUAUUCAAAUAUUCUGGUCCUGCAAAGUGAUAUCCAAUUAACAGAUUCCUCUACAAAUAGUACACAUGUGCCAACCCAAAAGCUGAGCGGUUUCGGACGGAAUAAACGUCAAACAGGAAAAUCCAUACCAACGAAUCCCUGGAUAAGUGAUGAAGUCAUGAGACCGACAUUCGAUCGACGCCUCUGGAUAUUAUUGUUCAUUAUUUCAGUACAAUGUACCACCUACACACAACCACAAAAUAUCAAUGCCAAGUCAGUGCAGAAGCCAAAGCCCUCCGAGCGUCGAGAAGUCAUCAGCAGGAGCAGCUCCAGCAGUCACAGUUGGCCCAGCAUAUCAGCGGAGCCGGCCGACGAGUUAGUUGACCACCAUGGCGGCGGUAAGCCGGCAAAAUGCACCAAAAACUGCCAAAAGGCUAAGGCCAAGUGGGCCAAGUGGCGGACGCAGCUGAAGCCACAUCACCAAGCCCACCGCGCUGUGCAGCACAAGGAGGUCAGGCAACGGCAGCGCCGCGAGACGGAGGAGGAUGAGCUGGACUCGGUUUUGCGGGCACCCAGCUCCACGAGCAGCUCCACCGCGGUGGCCACCACAGUCCAGGCCACUAGUUCCAGCUCCUCGGCCACCAGGAGCUCGCUCAUCAAUGAAAGCAAGGCGAAGAGGCCGCGAUCCACGCUCCAUUUGGCGCCGGAGGAUAUGCAGCCAAAGCGCAAGGAGCCGGUGAUCAUCAUCGACGAUGUGGAGGAGUUUGAUAGUGGCACCAGCACCAGUGACCUAAUCGCGCGCAAGAGCCGCGAGGAGGCAGAAGAGGAGGAGGACGACGGUCCACUGGAGCCCAGAGUCCUGCCCCUGCGACCAGUGCCUCCGAAUCCCUACGAGGCGGAGGAAAUGUCGGUGGUCUAUGCGGAGCAGCACUCCGAGAUCAAGCUGAUGUGCGAGGUGGAUCUGGACAUUGCCACCAGCAUGUGGUACAAGAACGGCCAGGUGGUCCACGCCAUGGACCGCACCGCCCGCGUCACCGACUAUCGCUUCAUCAAGGAGGCUAAUGGCGCCCUAACCAUCACCAACGUCAUGCUCGAGGACGACGGCAAGUGGCAGUGCGAGGCGGAGAACACGAGGCGCUACACGGAGAACGCCCGACCCGUCAAGCUGGUCGUCCUGGAUCGACCCAAGCCGCCGUAUUUGCUGAUCGACUCCCGCCGCCUGGACGCCAGCAAUCUGUUUGUGCCCGUGAAGGAGAACUCGGAGCUGAACCUGGCCUGCGUCAGCGAGGGUGGUAAUCCACGACCCACGCUCACCUGGGAGGUGCUGCUCAGUCCGGGCGUGGACCGGCAUGCCCAGAAGGUGUCCGCCGAGGUGCUGGAGCUGGAGGAGAUCAAGGGCGAGAAGCUCGACAAAGAUGGCUACAAAAUCAAUAGCGGCGCAAAGAGCGAAGCCCGAUUACCGGCGGUCUAUAGGGCGCAUCAUAACGCCAGGAUCCUCUGCGUCAUGGAGCAUCCCACGCUGAAGAUCCGCCAGAAUGCCUCCCUGCUCCUGGAUGUGCAAUACACGCCCUCCUUCGCCAUAUCCCGCACACCUGGCUUCGGUUAUCCGCUCCGCGAGGGCAUCGAAGUUAGCCUCAAGUGCGACGUCGACUCCAAUCCCCCGAGCACGCCCCGCUGGCAGAAGGACGAUGGUGACACGCCGGUGCCGCAAACGGGCGAUGGUUUCCUCAACUUCACAUCGAUAAGGCGCGAACAUUCCGGCUGGUACAAGUGCACGUCCCGGCACCUCAACUUUCAAUACUCGUCGAUUGGCUAUUACCUCAGUGUGCGAUUUGAUUCGGUGGAUGUGACCUCCGAGCCGGAUGAUCAGGAUGUUUCCGUGGCAGCUGCCUCGCACAAUCCCAACAAGGGCCAGCUGGAAGUGCAGCUGGGCGGAGCGGUAACCCUGCAGUGUCCUCAAGGCUCCCUGGGCUGCUGGUCGCACUUGGAUCCCAUUUCGGCCCGGUUACGUGGCCUUGGCUACGGCAGCAGCCAGCCCACCGGCCAGUUCUCGCUCAAGGACGUUAUGUACCAGGAUGCGGGCAUGUACAAGUGUGUGGGCCAGUCGCCCACCAACAAGAAGAAGCUGGAGGUCCUGCAGAGCGUCACGGUCUCCGUAAAGGGUGCUCCCACAGUCAUGGCUUUGAAUGCCACGCCCGUUGCCUAUCCGGGAUCACCGCUGCACCUGAACGUGGAGUUCUGUGCCAAUCCGCCGGCUCAUGCCGCUCGAUGGCUGCACGGAGAUCGUGUCUUCACGCCCGGAAAUCAGUACGGCAGCACGGUGCUGGCCUAUGCGGUGAAGGAUCUGCCCACGCCUUUCUGCAAGGAGGCGAGACUCACCUACGUCAGCAUGCACGAAAGGGUUCCAAGGACCUUUUACUUCAUUGUUUCCACGCCAGGUGGCGUUGCGGAGGCGAUCUUCAACGUGAACUUCACCAAGCGCCACCGACAGCUGUCGAACUCCAUCGACGACGACGAGGAGGAGGAGCUCAAUCGGCCGGAGCAGAUCCACUUUCCCGUCUUCAAUGGCAGUCCCGCCGAUGGGCGUGGCGGGUGGGCGGUAGUCUUAGCCCUGGUUUUGGCCCUGGCAACUAGAAACCGCCAUUAGAUUUAGUUGGGACCCUGUGAGAGUGAAAGCUGAAUGAAUGAUUUCUUAGGGAGUGACUGACGCGUUUACUACACCGAAUGUUCUAUGUAAUCUAACCCCCUAUGGCUAAGCAUAUGUAUGGAUUUACCCAGUUACUCGACAUUACCAUGUGAACUAUGCUACACAACUACUACUCUAUAUAGCAAUACAUAUGUGUAUCUGUAACCGAUUUAGCCAAGCAUCCAAAUUGCCCUAGUCUAAGACCCCAGGCCCAUCAGUAUCCCAUAAAAGAAAAACACACUUUUCUAGAUCCCCCAAAAGGAACCGGAACCGACUCUUUAACCCUAAGCUAUUCGAAUAUUUUUACUGUAACCCCUAGCUGUAACUGUAACUGUAACUGUAAUGGUAACUGUAACUGUAACCCUAUCGCUGUAUGUCAAUGUGUAUGAGUGUGCGCUUAACUUAAAUGCCAAAGCCAGAAAUCGUAAGGAAAAGUUUACAAUUCUUUGGAUAAAAACAUUGUUAUAAAGUUGAUUAUUACGAAUACUUUAAGUUCCUUUUCGACGAAGAAGAGAUCUCGAGAAAGCGACUGAUUUUGUUAAAUAUUUUGAAGAUGUUUAGAACUAAAAGCACGACGAGGAGAACCUAUAGUUUAAAAAUGUAUAUGAGGAAGUCAGAGACGAAGUAAUACUUACCAGGCACGAACAAAUUCCUUCCAUUUGAAAAGUUUGCCCCGAGCAAAGAAACUGUAAGAUAUUUUGGGAAAUCAAAUUAAGCGAAUGAUCAAAAGAGUUUUAACCUAAACGAAUUGGGUUUUAUUAGGCAUUAAAUCGCACCCUAUAAUUUCACUAUGAGUUUCCAAUCGUUUGAAAGGACCAAAAACGAAUCGUUUUCAUUUACUACGAAUAUUUUUGUAACACAAACAUAAGCAUAUUUAUAGCCCCAAAACAAAUGAGAGACCCUCCACAUAAGCGAUAUUUGUAAAUAAAUGUUCAAGUAGAGAAUUGCUCAAACCAAAGCGUAAAAGCAAAUAAAAUACCAGAUAUGAUAUAAAAAGUGUUAAAUGUUGUUCGAACGCCUAACUAAAGCGACUAAAAUAUCAUAUGUAGCGGUUCAACGAGUAAACUAAACAAUAAUGUAUGUAAAAUAACAACACACACACAGCCACUGAAAAGUUCGUUUACCAGCUAUUGUAAAAUAUUUCAGUUUAAGGAUCAGCAAUGUAUGUGCCAGCGAAAUCGAAAUCGAAAUCGAGAUCGUUUGCUUGCCACAGAAUUUUUUGUACAAAGCCCAAGCUUUUGUAAUUUAUUUCUUAGUCGAUCUAAGCUUCAGAUUAUUCUAUAUCCUAUGCGCAAUACAUACAAAUAUAUAUAUAUAUAUGGGUAGGCUAAGCGAUCAGUGUAAAAACCAGAAAUACUUAGAAGAACCUAACGCCAAUUUGAGCCACAGCAAAAUUACAUUUGCAGAGUUCCAAGAAUUCUGACAAAGAGCGGAGAGCAUUGUAAAAUGAUAAGUUUAAAUUGAGAUUUAAUUAAUUAUUAAUAUGAUAUAAAUGGGAUUGGAGUGGAGUAUGUGCGUACCCUAUGUAUAGUUCAGUUUAGUGAUUUAGAAAGAGAGUAAUUUUUUUCGCUCCUUGGGUUCAUUGUCAGCUGAAAAUUGCGAAACUGUAAGAACAAUGCAAGCAAACACGUCGUCAUGUUAACUAACUAAUAAAUUACUAAACAAGUGAAUUACUAAGCAAAAUGUAUUUAUGAUUCAUUGUGUUGGUAAUAUUUACAAAAUAUAAUUUAUAAACAAAGCCAACAAACAAACGAACAAACAUAUAUGUAUGACUAAAGAAAAUACUAGCUCCUAAGUGCAACACAAACCGAAUGUGGCAAAUUAAUUUUAAACCAAUGAGUAAUUACGAUAAUUGCGAUAUGAGAGACAGAAUGUUCAUCUGUAGUGCAAAAUGUUUGAAUAGUGCGGUCGAGUGGGGACACUAUUAACCCAUACAAUUACGAUUACAAAUACAAAUACAAAUACAAAUAC